UAUUAUCGAUAGUCUAUGUAGGGAUCGAUAAAGAACAGAUACUAUGGAACCAGGCUUAUAGCUACAGUUCGUGGUAACCUUAUCUUCUCUCUCAAUGGAACACACACCGUGUCGUUUUAGUGUUCUCAUCCUCCAUCCGCUUGCUCCUGCUCUCUCAAGUCAAAGCAGUUGAUACGGUGGCGCGAGCAGCAAGCUCGGGAGGCCAGGUAGCAAAACUAGUGUCUUGAAUCGGCUGUUCGUGAGCCGAGUGCGCUGGGUGGGCUGUGCCGACGGCGGCGGCGGUCCGGUUCACAGCUACCUCUUACCUAGAGGAGCGCGCGCGCACACUACACGCGGACGGACCAGACACCGGCGAUGGCCACUCUGGCGACGGCCGCGGCGGCGUGGACAAGGGAGGAGGACAAGGCGUUCGAGAACGCGGUCGCGGCCGCCGCGGCGCCCCCGGACGACGGGCCGCCGGAUGAUGGGUGGUUCACGGCGCUCGUGGCCAGUGUGCCGGCGCGGACGGCGGAGGAGGUGCGGCGGCACUACGAGGCGCUGGUGGAGGACGUGGCCGCUAUCGAGGCCGGCCGCAUCCCGCUCCCGCGCUAUGCUGGAGAGGAGUCGUCCGCCGCGACGCCCGAGGGCUCCGGAUCCGCCGCCUCCGCGCCCAAGGACGCUGGAGGAGGAGGAGGAGGCGGUGGGCACCGACGCGAAGAACGGAAGAGCGGCGUCGGCGUUGACGUGGGGAAGAGUAGCUCUAAGGCUGAGCAGGAGCGGCGGAAGGGCAUCCCGUGGACGGAAGAGGAGCACAGGUUGUUCUUGCUGGGUCUGGACAAGUUCGGCAAGGGCGACUGGCGGAGCAUCUCGCGCAACUUCGUCAUCUCACGGACGCCGACGCAGGUGGCGAGCCACGCGCAGAAAUACUUCAUCCGUCUCAACUCCAUGAACCGGGACCGGCGCCGCUCCAGCAUCCACGACAUCACCAGCGUGAGCGCGGGCGAAGUCGCCGCGGCCGGCGCACCCAUCACGGGCGGCCCAACCACGGCGGGAGCGAUGCCGAUGGGUCCCGCGGGCAUGAAGCACCACCACCACCACCCGGCUCCGCCGAUGGGCAUGUACGGGCACGCGCCCAUGGGCCACCCGGUCUCGGGGCACAUGGUGGCGCCGGCGGCCGUCGGCACGCCCGUCAUGUUCCCGCCGGGUCAUCACUCGCCCUAUGUCGUGCCAGUGGGAUACCCGGCGCCGCCGGCCAAGAUGCACCAAUGAUCGUUUACCCGGCAUUUGCACAUCUGCAGAGCUGCAUUUCGUUGCUUGUUCUUUCUUGAUUUUGUUGAUCUUGUGUAGCCAGAGCAAUCUAUCCAUCCUUUCCUGAUCUCCUGGAGUGAGUGCAGGGCAGGCAGGCAGGCAGGCGAUGCGACGAAGAAUAAGUAUCUGCUGACUGUUGCAAUAGCGCUACUUGUAGUAGUCACACUGAUGGAGGCUCCAGGAAUGUUACUAGUAGCAGCCUUCCAGGUUGCGGAUACUUACUGAUCAUUUGUGCAGAGUUGCAAGUUGCACCUGGGGACUGAUCCGAUUCCAUUGUCCGAAUGUAAAUGGAUUGUCUAUAAUAUUACUAUCUCAUCUGUUUAUUUAAAGAAGGAAUUACACUUGGCAUGUUGUAAAAAAAAACUUAUACCAUGUUAUCUUAGCUUUAAUUCAUA